AUGGCAAUCUUGAAGCUGGUGAAGGACAAGAUCCAGAAAAAGACCAGCCGGACAAAGUCGACAACUCACGAACAUGGAGCAACUGAGGUGCAGAAGCGCAUCAAGGAGGGGCACUUCGCUGUUCUAGCCAUGCAAGGUGGCGAGUCGAGGAAGUUCACUGUGGCGCUGAGCUUCCUUGACGACCAAGAGUUCUUGAAGCUACUGGAUCGGUCGCAGGAAGAGUAUGGGUUCGACCAACGUGGGAUCAUUACCUUGCUUUGUCCGCCAUGUGAGCUUGAGUACAUCCUCUCUAGGAAGCCCAAAGAUGAAGGAAGGACAUCUGCAACAAAGAAGGUCCUAUCACGACAGCGGUAG